AUGGGGAAGGCGGCCAAGUCUAGCCGCAAAUUCGCGGCGAGUGGCAAACUGAAGCAGGCAAUUCAAUCGCGGAAGAAGCACCAGCAGAUGCAGAAGAAAAUUCAAGGGAGACGUGGGGCACACGGGAAGGGAAAGCAACAGACCAUUACCGAAGCUGAGGGUAGUGAACACGACGACGACGACGACGACGAAAAAGAGGUUAAGGGAGUGUCUAAAAAAGCAGGGAAAGAUGCAAAGAAAAUGACUGUCGAGGACUUUCUCGGAGCAGAGUUUAUGGAUGAUUACAAUGAUGCUGAGGAAGAUGAGGAUGAUGCCGGAGGCGAUGAGUUGGAUACAGACGAAGAUGAGGAAGACGUAGCAGACGACCAAUCCUUUGCGUCUGUAGAUGAUCUUGAGGAUCAUGGCACAAGUCACAUGCUUGAGCUCGCACAACUCGCGGAAAAGGACCCUGAAUUCUACAAAUAUCUACAGGAGAAUGAUCGCGAGCUUCUUGAGUUCACUACCACUCAAGAGGGCCGCGAUGAAAUGGAUGAUGAUGAUGAUGAUGAUGAUGAUGAUGUCAUGGACGGAGACGACAGUGAAGAAGAAGAAGAAAUGGGAGAAGAACUGCCUAUUCUUACUACUAGCAUUCUCAAAACCUGGCAAAAAGCACUCCUUGAGCAUCGUUCCCUGCGAGCCCUCCGCAAACUGCUCAUUGCGUUUCGCUCUGCAGUGCAUAUGAAUGAGGACGAUCAGGUUCUUUUAUGGCGCAUUGACAAUGCCGCAGUGUACACAAAGCUUGUAACAACCUCCCUGCGGUAUACGCCAAUUGUCCUAGCCCAUCACAUCCCAUAUAAAACACUUCCGAACGGUAAAUUUAAACAACCUUCACAAUCUGCAAAGCAAAAAGCACUGCAAAAACUAACUCUGUCUUACUUCAACAAUGUGAUUCACCUCAUCCCUCAGCUUACCGACCCGGAGACAUUGCGACUCGCGCUCACAGAGAGCGCAAAGAUCCUCCCUUACGUCGUCUCUAGCCGUAAGGCCGUUAAGACGUACUUGAAGAAAUGUUUAGAGUUGUGGUCCACAGGUGAGGAUGACGUACGGAUAGCUGCGUUUCUCGCCAUCCGUCAACUUGCGUCUUCCACCGAUGACUCUAUCGUUGAUCUUGUGCUCAAGAGCACUUACUUGGCGCUCGUGCGUGCGUGCAAGUCUACAAGCACCUAUCGACUACCAUCCAUUACGCUCAUGAAGAACUCCGCAUGCGAAUUAUUUUGUGUAGACCAUGGAGCAACAUACCCACACGCAUUUGGGUACAUACGCCAGCUUGCAAUACUCCUGCGUGGGGGCAUGAAGACAAAAACAAAGGAGGCGUACAAACAGGUCUACAACUGGCAGUACGCGCAUUGUGUCGACUUCUGGGCACUUGUGCUAGGUCGCGCGUGCGAUGCACAUGCGGAAGCCGAACGAGGGGGACAGGAGAGCGAGCUAAGACCACUCAUCUACCCACUCGUGCAGGUCAGUCUGGGUGCCAUCAAGCUCAUUUCGAAUUCGCGUUCGUAUCCAUUCCACUUACACAUCGCACGCUCGAUGCUGCAUCUGACUCGACACACACGUAUUUACGUACCACUGACGCCUUAUCUCCUUCCUAUCAUCUCAUCUACCCUCACGGCAUCUGGCAAGCCCAAGUCAUCCACGCUGCGCCCUCUCGACAUGGAAACGCAUAUACGUGCUCCGGCACAGUACGUUAGGACACGGGUAUAUGCAGCGGGACUUGUGGAGGAAACGGUAUUCCUUCUCGCGGAGUGGCUUGGCAGUGGCCCAGUGCAUGGAAGCGUUGCAUUCCCUGAACUGAUCGUGCCCAUCAUUGUCACACUCCGCCGAACACUCAAAAAUUGCAAGGAGCUAGGGAAGGAAGCCGGAAUGGUGAAGGGCCUUCUAGAGCGGGUAGAAGACUGUGCAAAAUGGAUAGACCAGUCACGCUCUGGCAUCAAUUUCGGCCCAGGAAAAAUGGAUGAGGUCGAACGGUGGGAGGCCAACGUGGAGAUAGAGGAGUCACCCCUGGGAAAGUACCUCAAAGUGCAACGAAAGAGCAGGGAAAAGCGCAAGAGGAUGAUCGAUAAGGCCAACAAAGGCGAGGAUGAGAUCUUAGAAGACUAG